CCGAAAAUUUUCACGAUAAUGUCUAGUGUACGGGAGGAAAGGAGGGAUUUCAUCACCAGAGAAAUUGACAAGGAUUAUGUGAAGGUUGUUCAAAGAAUUUAUAUUGGAUGGUAUAAAACGCCAAUAUCUGGAUCAGACAUGAGAACGGCUAUCAGAUAUAUGCAAAGGAUAUUGGAAGAAGAAGAAAGUCAUAGGAAAACAACAAAACUGUUUGGUGCUAUACAACAUAUUGAUAUAAUGAGAAAGAAAGGGCGACUAGACCAAGAGGGUCUUCCAGUGGACUAUUCAAUGCAGGAGCUUUGGCAGAUCUUGAUAGAAAGGAAUGAACACCCACAAGAGAACUUGCAAAGAAUUGUGAAGGAGUUCGAAGAUAAAAGAGGCUUUCGACCUUCUCCAGAAGAAUUCGAAGAUUUGUUUAACUCAAUGAAAGGUAAUAUAG